AUGACAGGCACGGCCUGCGUCUACAAGGAGAGAGGCCAGCCCGGUCUGCGGCCGGGGUAUGGGCGAGCCGUCGAGGGCCGGCUGUCUCUCCUGGAAGAGAACGUGGAGAAGAUGGCCCAGUCGAUUCACAAUGUGCUGCAGCACGUGCAGGCGCAGAGUGUGCGGAGCGGGCAGGUACCGUCUGUGGACAUGGGCUCCGUCGCGCCUUCCAACAACAGCGAGGAUGCGCAACAGCUGGCCCAGCAGCUGGGACAAACCCCAACACAGCUGAAUGGUCCUGCAUCGUACAAUCCUCCCCUCCCUCCCUCACAGCAGCCUCUCCCCCUGCUGGAACCGCCGCUCGAUCCCACGCUGCCGCCCCGCGCCGUCCUCGACGAGCUCGUCGACCUCUUCUUCACACACGUCUAUCCAUGGGCGCCGCUCUUUCACCGCCCGACCUUCCAGGCGACCAUGCUCCUGCCGGACCGUCAGCUUCUGCUGCACGGCAUGGUUGUCCUGGGUUUUCGCUUUUGGACGACGACCCGAGAUGAGCAAGGUGGUGGUGUCUGGCCGUCGGCGGCGGCCCGCGAGCAGUACGUCAAGGUCUCUCGGGACCGCUUGCUUGUGGACACCAUCAACUCGGCGUCGCUCGUCGCGUACCAGGCGCUGGCCCUGCUGGCCAUCGAUGCCAUGGGCGACGGUCCCGGCCCGCGCACGUGGAACAUGAUGGCCAUGCUCGUGGCCUGUGCACGGCAGCUGCACCUGGACCACAACCCGUCACCGAUCACGGGGGUUAUGGGCGUGGGCGUGGGCGUGGGCAUGGGCCUCGGAAUGAAUGCGAAUAUGGGUCUGGGUGGUGGCGGCAUGGACAGUGCGAGCGGAAGCGUCCGUGCCACGUCGCCGUCCUCGCCGCUCGUAACCAACGACGACACCGAGGAGAGCGCGGCGACGGCCAACACCCUUCUCGGCGUGGCCUCGUCGGCCCCCUCCUCCUCCUCGUCGGCAGUCGAGGCCGAAGAGAAGCGGCGCCUGUUCUGGACCAUCUACAACCUCGACCGCUUCUCCAGCGUGUCCCUCGGCCAGCCCUGUGCCAUUGACCGCCGCCGACUGCGCGUGCAGUAUCCGGCCCGCGACGACGCCUGGGGCCAGCGCGUGCCGCUGGCAUGGUUUGGAACGAAGACCGGCACCAGUCCCAGCACCACUCCGUAUGGCGUGGCCGGAACAGCCGGACCCCCUCCCACCCUCUGGCAGUGCUUCAUCGACAUCCUGUCCCUCGUCGACCAGUCCAACCAGCUGCUCGUCCAGCCGACCAACCUGUCUCUGCCCGCCCAGUGCCAGGAGUGGCAGAGCAAGUUCCGCCGCAUCGACAUCCUGAGCCGCACCUGGCGCGAGAAUCUGCCGCCCGACGUGCGCACGCCACCGUCGCCGGCCGCGCCCUCCGCCUCCACCACCAUACCGUUCGACCCCAUGUGGUACCUCGUCCACGCCACCUACGCCCUCAUCCACAUUCGCAUGUACACCGUUGCCUCGUUCCCGGCCACCGCUUCGCCCUACAUGCGGCCCUCGAGCUCGGCCCGUGCCCAGCUUCGCCAGGCCGUCGAUCAAGUGGCUGGGCUGGCGACGGGGCUGCAGCCGGCGCAGGUCGGUCAGCUCGGGCCGCUGUUUGCCUUUGUUGUCUGGGUGGCCGCGCGCAGCUUGAUCAUUUUGUGGACAACAGGCAACACGGCCGACGGGGUGGCCGAUGCCACCACCGCAACCGCAUCGUCUCCCUUUGCACCGCCACCCCACCUCACGACGCUCGUUGCUGUGCUCCACCAGUCGGCGCGGUACUGGCCCUGUGCACAGUGCUACGUCGACAUUCUGCAGCUCAUCCUAGACACGAAGAACAGCCCCGGUGGACCCACCGGCCUCGCCAUCUUCAACGAUACGCGCCGCACGGCCUACGGUCUCCGUCGACGGCUCGGCUCGCUGGCCAGCCUCCGUGGUCGUGGGCAGUCUGGCAUGACCCAAGAACGGGACCAGGCUCACAACUGGGACCGGGACCGAGACCGCGGCCUCGACGUUGAGCGCGAUCACGACCUCUUUAGCGCCGCCACGGACGACUUCUUUGACGGCGUCUUUGCCGGGCUCAUCGAGAUUCCGCCUGCAGGCACGCCCCAGCAGCUUGGCUCCGGCUUUGGCUUUGGCUUUGUCAACCCGUCGCCCGACUUUGACCGGGACUGGCUGUAG